GCAUUCAAACGCAGAAUCUUCUCAUUGUCAUUCAGCCGAACUCACAUCUCCUGUGAACAUGUCUUACAACUGCUGUUCUGGAAGUAUCUCCUCCAGCUCUCUUGGAGGCUGCCUGCGAUACCCAAGCUCUUUCUGUGGCUCUUCCUACCCCAGCAACCUGGUCAGCAGCAGUGGCCUCUGCUCUCCCAGCACCUGCCAGCCAACCUCCUCUCUCUACAGUGGCUGUCAGGAGAUUUGCUCCAAACCCAUCAGAUACCAGCCUUCCUGUGUGGUGUCCAGUCCCUGCCAGAACUCCUGCUACCGUCCAAGACCCUCCACCUUCUGCAAUCCCUGCCAGACAAUGUACACAGGGUCUCUGAGCUGUGGAACCAGCAGCAGCUACUCCACGGGCUGUGGAUCAGGAAGCUCUUACUCACUGGGCUGUGGAUCCAUUAGACCCCAGGUUUGUGGAGUCAGUCGUUUCCCUUCUCUGAGCUCUGGAUCUGGAUUCUGCUGCCCAUCUGGUCUGACAUCCAGACCCUGCCAGUCUUCCUGCUACAAACCAAGCUAUGGAUCUGGUUUCUGCUGAUGUUCGGAUUGGAGUUUUACCCUGUAUUCCAAUAUUAUCCAUGCCUUUCCUGACAAGACCCUCCUCAUCUUCAAAAGCUAACCUUUUAUUCUCUGAUGAUCAUAUUCUCACCUUGUUUCCAGCUCCAAAAACUGGCUGACAGACUUUACUUGAAAAAAUUAUAUUGUUCAACUAUUCAGUAAAAAUAGCACAUUGGAUAUUUAAUUCAUGUUUUUGCAUUUUCUUCCAAAAUUUGUGAAAAUUCAAAUCUUAAUCCUCUAAUAAAAACAUGAAUUCUGAAAGCCAA